AUGGACACCGAAGACGAAGCUGAAGGUUCUAUCUUCAAUUACAGCCCUACAGUAAAACUUGCCCCCGAUGACACACAUAGUCAAACCGUGGACUGGUUCGACCCUGCCACUACCGACGACUGGCUCAACAAAGAGAUCGAAUCACGAAGAGAUGCUCUCGCCUCGACACCGACACAUCUUCGAGAAAGAAGAAUGUUUUGUGAGCUUUCAAGGCUCAUUUUACAGCACUAUCUACGAUUUGGAACUGAAAAGUCUUUGAAUGAUGCAAUCGAGUUGGAGCGAAAGGCCCUAGACUACAUCAGCACUGGCUUCCAACGUGCCAAGUGUCUGCUGGUUCUGGGGGACAUGCUGUGCCUCCGGUUUCGCCGCAAGAAAGCUGUUUGGGACAUGGGAUACUCCAUCAGAGCCGCAAAACAGCAUAUUUAUCCACUUCCUGCGCAGGGAGCUCCGUACACCUACCACAUACUCAGCUUUGGUCAUGGAGAUGAAACUUUUGAGCAAUCAGAUCUGGAUUCAGCCUUUGUGGACGUGGACGAAGGCAUUGAUAAGUCACAUUCUGCACUUGACCUCAUCCCUGACGACUUUCCCCUUCGGGCUGAAUGGCUGGACCACCUUGGUUCAAAUAUUCUUCAUAGAUAUUCUUUGAGCAAAGCAAUCGAAGACAUUGAUAAAGCUGUCGAAAUAUGCAGAAUUGCCUCCGACGAUGCCAACUUUGGUCCCUCAGAAACUCUCAUAGAGACCCUUCUUACACGGAUUCCUGCUACCUGGGACGAGUCUGAUAUACUUGAAGUCAUGGACGUCUGUGAUGAAAUGUUGUUGGAGUCUCUAGGCGAUAGAAAGAAGACAAUCUUGCAGUACCGUGCCGAGGCUUUCUACUUCCUCUACUGUUUGAGUGGGAUGGUGGAACAUAUCAACGAGAGCGUCAAGGACUCCAAAAGAGCCAUAGAUUCGGAACGUGGAAGUCUAAUGUCGCUUAGUGUUAGGUGUCAUAGAUUUAGGAGUGGCUUGUUAUAUACUCGGUAUCAGCAGACUGGUGAUUUGGCGGAUCUUGAUGACUCGAUGGCCUCAGCAGCGACCGUGGCCAGGAUUCUCUUUACUCCGGGCCCAAAAUCAAAAGCUACACUCUUCAGCAUGCUGGCAAGUGAUUGGGUUUGCAGAACUGAGGCUACAGCAGACCAAACACACUUUGCUGAGGCCAUCGAGUGGCAUGCAUGCAUCCAACUAUUUGGCACGAGCAGAAUGGAUUCUCUUCAUGAACUAUGUCGACGGCAAUAUGAACGAUAUGAGGUGAAAGGCAGGGGUGGCGAUCUUCAGGAUGUUGUGAAUAUUCUGAGACGGAUGGUCGAACUGGUGCCUAGUCAAGCGUUGCGGAGCAGUCUGGGUAGCCGCGUAAUGCAGUUAUAUUCCGAGUUCGACUUUCUGCAGUACUUGCUAGUGGAGGCAAAAACCAUUUUUCGGCGGUUGGUUCAGGAGUCAGAAAUAGAUUCGGCAGACCAUAGGCGGUAUUCCUUGCAGCUGGCGCAUUGCCUUUGCUUCCAGCACGAGCGGACCGGAGACUUAGUCGACCUCACUGAAGCUGUCAACAUCGGAACGAGUAUUUUCGAGACGGCCAAAGCAGACGAUCCAGACUAUGCGCUAGCCUUAAACAAUUUCGGCGAAGCAAUCUACCAGCAGUGUCGCGUCGGCAAGACAGUAUCCAAUAUCGAUCAUAUCAUCCAUCUAUUACAAACGAUGCGAGAUUCCACCAUGUCACAUUCUCCAACCAAACCGCUCAGCAAAUUGGUUGAGUGUCUCCUCUGGAAGUAUCGCAUGACCGACGAAGCUACGCAUCUGGACUCGGCAGUCGAGCUGGCAAGACUUGCUGAAAGCUCACUCCCAAACAGAUACCCUAAUCACCAUUGUAUCAUUCGCCAUAGACUUGCCAUAGCACUGCACGAGGAGUAUUUGAGGACGCCGACGCUCUAUUCUCUGGAGGAAGCUAUUGAGCUGGAGAGGCAAAAUCUACAGCCUGGCCAAUUCACUCGGUAUAUUUCUCAUGCUAAUCUCACGUCGCUGCUUUGUGAGCUAUACGUCGCAACAGGCGAUCGGGAGCACCUCCAGGAGGCGAUGGACAUGGAAAGAGAAACGAGGAAUGUUGACGGUCGCUCCACCUGGUGCUUCAGAGGUGACCGCGUGUAUAUCCCAUAUAUUCUCGAUAUCGAAAAAUCACACCAGCUUUCGAAUAAGCUGCACGAACACCUGGAGACCAUGACGACCACACGGGAGCUCAGGUCACGCUACAUUAGUAGCCUGGCGUUGAUGCUCAUGGGUGCAGAUGAGAACAAUCUAGCAAUGGGAUAUGCAAGAGAGAGUCUAGACCUCAUUCCACCAAACAGCCUGGACCUGCCAUGGCACUUGUGCUGCCUUGCGCUCUGCUUAGGAGGUAGCAUUACAGCUUCAAAAAACGACUCCGAGCUAGAGGAGAUGAUCAGGUCAGCGGAGAAGGCCGUGGAGCUCUCGCUAGAAGAUCAUCCUGGCAGACCAUUUUAUCUUUCGGUUCUAUCCAUGGCCCUUCAUAGACGAUUCAUGAAGACGGGAAGGUCUCCUGAUCUCAACCUGGCGAUCGAUUACGGGGUUGAGGCUUACAACCUGACACUUGGAGACACGCUCCAGGACUGUGAUAAUCGAUACUUGGCAUCGGAUCAGCUAUCGUUCUGUUUACAGCACAAGUACCUCCGAGAGGGUAUUUCGAGCGAUCUUGAGCAGUCUGAAGAACUUCAUCAAGAGGCUCGUAGAUGUAGGCAAAGAUUGAAGAGGAACGAGGCAUACUUCAACUGGGUUCGAAGUUCACCUAAUGGACCUUACACUGUACAUCUCGGCACUAACACAAAAGGGUCUUUCACGCUCAUAAACAAAAGACGUGCGUAUGCUUUACUCCCGGACAAGCUGGACUGCCACCCUCGAAUAUUCGCCGUUGCGAAGCAAUACUUUCGAUACUACGAAGAGGAAAACGACGAGAACUACCUCUCCCUGGCUUUGGAUGCUGCGAAUUCGGCUCUCGCUUUCAGCCAAGAAGACCAUAUCACGCACUCUGCACAACUUCACCUCGUUGGGCGAUGUUACGAAGAAUACUACAAGAGGUCGAUAGCAUCUGACUGCGGUGAAGAUCAAAAAUACCGCCUCAGUCAUCUCGAUAUGGCCAUUUCAAAAUUCCGAGAUCUCAUCAGUCAUCUUUCUUCGGAAGAUCCUCUGCGCCCUGAUGUUCUUGGUCGUCUUGGAUAUUUAUACUCGGACAAGCUGUUCUACAAUUACAAGCUUGAUGAAUUGAAGAUGGCAGUGGAAUUACACCAGGAAUGUCUCCAUCUGGCAGGGGAGAGUAAGGUUGAACGUGCAAAGUGGCUACGUCAUCUUGGAUGCUCUAAGCUUAUCUCCUACCACGUAUUCAAGGACGAAAGUGAUCUGCAAGAAUCCAUCAAGCUACUUGAACAGGCAAAAGAUCAGAAUCUCAAUGACAAGGAACUUAUCCCCGGCCUAGCCAGUGCCUACCGUUCCAAGUUCAUGGUUACGAGAGACAUCAAAGACAUUGACGCUGCCAUCGAGCUGUAUCUCAACUCCCCUCUCGGGGAAUAUAUCACAAUUCCUAGGCUUGGUACUGCCUAUCGUGUUCGGUUCGAGUUGACAAAGGCGCCGGGGGAUAUGAAGCUGGCCAUAUCUAAUUCGGAAAAGGCCCUUGAGCUUGCUCAAAAGUACAAGGAAAUCUCAGACGUUGUUCAGGUGCUCCAAAAUCUAGCAAAUUCCUAUCUCGCGAAACACCAUUACGGUGGCACUCUCGAUGAUCUCGAGCAGGCCAUUCACUACGCACAGGAUGCUGUGGAUGUUGAAGCACAAGAAGCCUCCCAAGUUGUCGAUAUCGCAGGCCUACUGGGGCUCUGUUACACGACCAAAUACAAGGCUACGAAAUGUGAGGAUGAUCUUCUCAAGGCCAUCGACGCCGAUGAAAGCGACUUCUGGGUAUUCAUGCCAGUUGCAAACAUAUCAGAUAGCUUGGUGCUUGCACAGCGACUGAUGGAGUCAUACAAGACUCUCGAGAACUGGGAGAAAGGCUUAAAGAUUGCCGAGUACGCACUCGAACUCAUCCCUGCCUACACACCUCGUUACCUGCGAUGGUCGGAAGCCCAAGCCCUUCUUUCCAGAAUCAGUGGACUCGCGUCUUUCGCCGCUGCCUUUUCGCUAGAAAGCGGGAAGGCUGAGGGGGCCAGUCUAGCUCUGCUAGAAAAGGGUCGGGGAGUUGCCGCGGACCUUUUGUAUGAUCUUCGUCUUGACUUUGACAGUCGGAAGUUUGCAGAUCUGAAGCCGACGUACAAACAGACGCUUUUGAGCAGUAUAGGACGACUUGAGAAUCCUGUACAGCCACCGGGUCUCAUUUCCGAUGACUCCAGGUCUGGCACCGCGGAACUUACCAGGAGACUAGAAGCAAGCAAAAUUGUCGACGAUUUCAUGGAGAGCUUUAGCACACGCCUGAAACCAGACAACACAGGCUUCACAGGGUUUACGAGGAACGGUCCCAUUGUGAUUAUUAAUGUCAGCUUCCGUUGUGAUGCUUUCAUUAUCAAACACGUCGUUGAGACCAUGCCCCUACCUAGGUUAUCUGAGAAAGAGCUGGAACGGAGACUCCGCGAUGGAAACUUGGGAAGCCUCAACACUUUGGAGUGGCUCUGGGAUACUAUCACGGGACCUAUUCUUGAACAUCUGGGUUAUUCACAGAAGCCUUCUGGCGAUUGGCCGCAGGUAUGUUGGAUACCUACGGGAGCAUUGAGUCGCUUUCCGUUGCACGCAGCCGGCUAUCACAAAGAUGAAACUGGCCGUGCGGUCAUAGACAGAGCCAUGUCGUCCUAUAGUUCAUCGCUGAACGCUAUUCUAGAAGGGGGAGCGAAAGAUAAACGAAACUCCUCUGCCAAGGCGGUUCUAGUUGCCAUGCAGAGAACGCCAGGGAGUUCCACUCUUCCACAUGCCCCAAAAGAGCUAUCGAUUGUUCGAGAGCUAUGUGAGUCCAUGGAACUCCAUAUCGCGGAACCCAAAAGACAAACUCAGGAAGUACUCGCGCAGUUGAAGGACUGUGACAUUUUUCAUUUUGCUGGUCACGGCGAGACAGACGAGACGAACCCCCUCAAGAGUCAACUACGGCUUGAAGACUGGCAAACCCAGUCUCUGGCAGUGUCUGAUCUGUUAAGUCUCAAGUUGCGCGACAACCCACCGUUCCUGGCAUAUCUCUCAGCCUGUGGAACGAGCCAGAUCAAAGAUAAACGCCUGUUGGAUGAGAGUCUGCACUUGAUUAGUGCAUGCCGAUUGGCUGGUUUUAGGCACGUGGUAGGAACGCUCUGGGAAGUCGGCGACGAGGCUUGCGUUGAUGUUGCGGGGAUGGUCUAUCAGGAGUUGAAAGACUCUGGCAUGGAUGAUCAAUCUGUGUGCCGGGGGUUGCAUAAAACUGUUCGGAAGAUUCGUGAUAGUUGGGUGGCAGAAGCGCAUAUGCGGACGGUCAAAAGGGUUCUUGGUACCUCGUUUACAAAGGCCAAGGAUCACGAGAAUAGCUUUGAGGAUGUGGUGAGUGACGUGCGAUCAACGAGGGAUAUUGUGCCGCUGGAUGAGGAUGAGAAUGAAAGGCCUGCUCCUUGGGUCGCUUAUGUGUAUCACGGAAGUAGAUAG